AUGGCAACACUUCCUCGAUCAUCAAAAUUCCCUUCAUCUAUUGCACGGCCAGUAUCUGAGUUUGACGCAGGCCUCAAUACGUCAACAGCAUGGACCGAACAUCUGGAUGUCGGCAUUUCUCCGGGUGUAAGUGGCAGAGAUGCUUCGAAAAGGCAAUAUCUUUCGGAGUCAGGGAUCGACACAUCUUUGUCGGAUGAUGAGCUCGACGGUAGGGACCUCGAAGAGACGCGUCCUGCUCGUGCGCUCUACAGGUUUCAAGGUAAAGCAGAGUUCAGAGAACUUAGCGUUGAGGCUGGCGAUCAAUUUGAGGUGGUCAAAGAAGACGUUGGCGAUGGUUGGAGUUUAGUACAGAACGUUGAAGGGGAAAUUGGACUGGUGCCUCGCUCAUAUUACACGUUUAUCUCAACUUUUACAUCUGCAAGCCUGGACCCUGACUCUUCCAAGCGAAGGGAGGCUUCGAGCGAUUCCAUCACACCUCAUGGCUCGCCACGGCUCUCGCAGCCGCCACUCUAUCCACAGAACACAGGGGAGUGGUUCCCCAGUUUUAGACGGAGUCUUCUUGGGGGCAAAUCUUUCAACAGAUUUUCUAGCUAUGUAACCAGCGGCGCUGAGGAAUUUAUCUUAAGGGGGUCAACAUCACCACCAGAUAUAACCCUUUCAGCUUCAGGCCACAUACCAGAGGGCUCUAUUGCUUCGAUCGAAGAGGAGAACUUUGACAAACUGAGCAGUCAUGGGCUGAGGGAAGCAGAUCGGCAUUUCAUUGAUGUGGGCCCGUCAUGGAGAGAGAAGAUACCGCCUUUUCGCAUUCUAGUCCACUCCCCUUCAAAGAGGACGUCCUUACUGUCAGGUGCAUACACUGUCUACAGCGUGACUAGUAUAUUUCACGCUCCUGGGGAAGAUGAGCCUGAAGCUGAGGAAAGAAGAGGGGACGACGACCAGAACGAAACUGUCCCGGCAACCGUUGAUUCUCCCCUGGCUCGCAUUACGGUUCUAAGGCGCUUCUCUCAUUUUGUAGUACUCCACACAGCGUUGACAAGACGACUUCCUGGGAUCGCGCUACCACCUUUGCCAGAAAAGCAAUACUCUGGCCGAUUUAGUGAUGAUUUCGUCGAGGCCAGGAGAGGGGAUCUGGAGAGAUACAUCGAUAAGAUUGUCAGGCACCCCGUCGCACGAUACGCGGAAAUUGUGACCUUUUUUCUGGCCUGCGAGAGUGAUACCGAGUGGAAUCAUCGAUUACCCGCCCAUCUAUCGAUGCCGCCAGCUGGGCCAGCAUUUUAUUCACAAAUCUACCAUCCAGCCUUUAACCUGGAUGCCGAAGACGCCGAAGAUGCGGGCAGUAAUUUUGAGACCCACCUACACGCUGUUGGGAAGGGAGUUCAAGGCUUGCGGGCUGUAUUUGGCCGUGUGCGGGAUGCGAGAAUCGAGAUGUCAAAAGCUGAACGACUCCUCUCGUAUUCCUUGUUGUCGCUUAUCACAGCCAGGCCAUUAUUGUCGCCGCCUACCAAUACCGGCGUCGACGAAGAGAACUACAUUCCCAAGGCAAAAUCACUAAUAAACAGCGAAGGUGCUUGGUGUUGGCGUGAAGGGUGUCAAGGCUGUUUAAAAUUGACCAAGGCAAUGCAGAAGACCUCGGAGACGCUUCAAAAUGUUGCCGACUUGUAUGAUGACCAUGCCCGUCGAAGUCAAUUAGCUACCCAUGAGUCUUUGAAGAGCAUGGCACACCCUUCCUCAAUCUACGAGGGCGUGGUGACAACUCACAAGGCUGCACUUUCCCGGUAUCACAAAGCAAUAUCAGCUGGACAUAAAGACGACGAAGUGGUUUCUCGUUGCGAGACCAUCUUGAAUACGACGAUGGCGGAGAUGGAAGCCUACCAUACCCAGAAGAUAGAAGACUUUCGUGCCAUUACAACGGAACAUCUAGAUGGGGAAAUUGCAUUUUAUGAACAGAUAAUCUUACGCUUGCAAACUGCGCGCCGAAAAUUUGAUAAACCAACAUUUGACCAGCUGGCUGAAUCUCCACGGCAAACGUCUAUCUACGAACGCGACUUGGAAAACCCCAAACUAGCUCCAAAACCACUAUCUCAACCAUGUCCUCAUGUAUUUGAUUCGACACCCAUGAGACCCGUCAGUGCGGCAAUCCAGGAAGGUGUGAACAUUUUGCUGGGUCCAACUGGAAGGCUUGGUAGAUGGCCGCUCUAG